AUGGUGGACGGUUUAAUCGCGGGGCGGGGAUUCUUCCGUUGUCUUACAGGCUGCCAGGCGAUGAGGAAGAUAAUGUCGACUCUUACUGCUCGCUGUAUCACGCGGAGUGGGCUGUUCCGCCCGGAUUCCCGGGCUCGGCUCGCGCUGUUCCGCCCGGAUCCCCGGGCUCGGCUCGCGCUGCUGCGCGCGGAUCUCCCGGCUUUGUCGGCGCGAGGGCCUCCGGCGGGGAGCCGCAACGCCAGCGAACACUGGGAGAGCAACGCGACUGCGGAGCUGGGUUCCAUUCCCCAGCCAGUUUUUAACAUUGAUGUUUUGGUGGUUUUGUUACGCCAGGAGAAUGCUAAAGAUAUAUGCGUUAUUAAACUGCCCAUGGAAAUAAAGUACACUGAUUAUUUUAUCAUUGUGAGUGGAACUUCUUCAAGGCAUUUACAAGCAAUGGCACAAUAUGCAGUCAAAGUGCAUAAACACUUGAAGGGAGGGCAGACUGCUCAUGUCCACAUUGAAGGGAAAGAUACAGAUGAUUGGAAGUGCAUAGAUUUUGGUAACAUUGUAGUACAUUUCAUGCUACCUGAAACAAGGGAGAUCUAUGAACUGGAGAAGCUUUGGACCUUGCGUACCCAUGAUGAUCAGUUUGCUAAGAUACCUGCAGAAAUUCUUCCAACAGAUUUUGUAUACGGACCAACUGAUGACAUGGACCAAAAAAGUGAUUUCAAAGGACUGUCUUGAGGGAUUCACAUAAUAUUGAAAAUGAAAUUACACAAAUACCGGUUCAUAAUGUAUCAGAGCUCAUUUAAAGCAAUGAAUAAGCAGAGGAAUUAGUAGAGAGAAAGGAGAUCGAUCACGUUAAGUAUAAGGUUCAGAAAGUAGUUCUAUUGAAUGACCUCCAGCUUGUAGAAAUUAAGCACAUGCUGUACAGUUGUAGCAGUUGACGUUCUGAUCAUGCAUUUCAAAAAAUUGAAAUGACUGCAUGUCACAGAUGAAACUAAUGUUGCUGCAUUCUGGUUGGAUGUGUUUCAUAUCGUUCCCCAGGUGUUGAAUGUGUUUAUGGAGGAGCUAAUACCCUGGCAGGCUUGUAUACUAGAAAUUGUAAUGCAUAAGCUAUAUGUUUUGAACUUUUGAAGUAUAUAAGCAGUGAAUUAUACUAAAAGGAGUUGAAGCUUCUGUUACAAAUAAAAAGUUAAAACAAGUUAA